UGUCACUGGUGUGAUAUGUUCAACUGCCCUCUUGUUGUUUCUAUUUCGAGCCCAUGUCUGAUAAGCAACACGGAAUGGCUGUAGUAGGUGCCUUUGUCAUUCAGCCAUUCAUGACCAUCACAGGUAACACUAAGUUGUACUGACAGCAACAAAAAACCCAUUCCUAGAGACUCAACAUGUGAAGAAGGACAGUAUGCCAUUAGAAUCCUGUAAAUGGUCAGUUGUCCCGUCGCCAUUUUAUUGUAGCUUCCCUCCAAAACUCCCGCCACUCUCCAUGAAACUGUUACCAUGGAGACAUCCUGCUUCUUCUCUGGUCCCAGUCCCAGUCCCAGUUUUUUUUUUUUUUCAGUCAGAGUGAAGUUACCGAGAAACUUAUAGUUUUAAAAAAUAUCUAUUUCAACGACGUUAUCACUCGCGGUCGGAUUAGCUAACAUGCAGUAUCCAACCUGAAUGUUACUGUUACAGCGGUACCGUUGCUGCUGCAGUUAAGCUAACUCUACGUUAGCUUAGUUAUGUUAUUAGCCGUUAGCUCUGGGUGAGUGGAGACGCAGUCCAGAGUCUCUCUGCUCCAGCGGUCUCCCGGACAAAACAGGAUGAUAUACACCGGACUUAGAACAACAGCACAGUCUCUCUUCAUGUUCCUGUCGCUACUGGCUAGGAGCUACACCUGGACCCGAACGUCACUUGUCACCAUGAGACCAACGACGAGGCUCUUCUCAAGAGCAACACAUGAUUUGGACAGAGAGGACUGACAGGCUUGCCUAGCACCUGGCCUCUGAUCAGCCAUCUCCACCAGCAAACUGAAGCUUGACCCGCACUUCAUCACCAGCCACACAAGCAUCUUCGGAAUAAAACGUCAUCUAACUGUGACAUCAGUUGCAAGGGGAUGACCGAGCGCAUUCAUAACAUCAAUCUCCACAACUUCAGCAAUUCUGUACUUGAGACCCUCAAUGAGCAGCGCAACCGUGGGCACUUCUGUGACGUGACUGUUCGGAUCCAUGGAAGUAUGCUGCGAGCUCACCGGUGCGUGCUGGCUGCUGGAAGCCCAUUCUUUCAGGACAAGCUGCUCUUGGGCUACAGCGACAUUGAGAUCCCUUCUGUGGUCUCAGUGCAAUCCAUCCAAAAGCUGAUUGACUUUAUGUACAGUGGGAUUCUGCGGGUAUCUCAGUCAGAGGCCCUGCAGAUCCUUACUGCUGCCAGCAUCCUACAGAUCAAGACCGUCAUUGAUGAGUGCACCCGCAUCGUGUCCCAGAAUGUGGGCCUGGCCGGGCCGGGGGGAUUCCCUGUUAUACCAGGAGACUCUGGUCAGGAAACACCCCGUGGCACACCAGAGUCUGGCACCUCUGGGCCCAGCAGUGACGCAGAGUCAGGUUAUAUGCAAGCAACAUCACAGCAAAGCAUGGAUCGUGCAUACACAUCACUGUACUCCUACCCUGGCCUCUCUCUGCAAAACGGCACCCGCGAGCGCGGCCCCCUGUACAUUAACCCUCUGACGUCAAAUUACGAUCCGACUCUUGGCAUUCAGAAGGAAAACCAGUCUCAAGAUCCGCCCUGGAUGAACCGCAUCCAGGAGAGGUCGCAGCAGGUCGAUCGCUUCAUCUCCACAGCAGAGUCCACCCACUGCCGCAAGCAACCCCGACCGUCACGCAUACACACAGGAGGGAUGCACAUAAAGCAGGAGGCCGAAGACGAGUUCAGCUGCUACGACAAUUUGGUGGACUGCCAAGACGACACCGACCAUACUGAGGGUGUAGAGAGUGAAUCCAAGGUUGAAAGUUUUGACUCAGGGGUGAGCUCCUCCAUCAGUACUGAGCCAGAUGCUAUGGAGCAGCAGCCGUACCUGGGCUUCGGACGAGACGUGGGCGGGGACGGGCAGCAAGGCGAAGGAGGUCCAGUGCAUAUAGAGGUCAAUGACUCGUCCCCGGAGCAAGUGCAAGAUCCAGAGGAUGGGGACACAUCCCACAGCACUAGUGACAGUAGCAUGAUGCAGCCCCUGCCAAACUCAGUCAUGUCCCAGUCCCUGCCAAGUGCCCCGCACUACAUGCGCCAGGCAGAAUCACACACCAGCAAUUUGAGGAUGCCGAUGACCAGCAAUUCCCAAGUGAUAGGCACUGCUGGAAGCACCUUCCUGCCCACACUCUUUCCUACACAGCCGGCAAGAGACAACAAGCCUUUAUUUUACCUUCCUGGCCAGCAGCAGCCCCAGUUUGUGGCAGUGCCGCCCCCUGCAAUGCCAUCAUUCCCGAACCCCAUGUCGGUACAGCAAGCGCCAGCUCAGCAGCAACAGGCUGGAGGAGGAGUUGGUCCAGGGGAAAAGAAGCCCUAUGAAUGCACUCUCUGCAGUAAAACCUUUACUGCUAAACAGAACUACGUCAAACACAUGUUUGUCCAUACUGGUGAGAAGCCUCAUCAGUGCAGCAUCUGCUGGCGCUCGUUCUCCCUGAAGGAUUACUUAAUCAAACACAUGGUGACACACACAGGGGUGCGGGCCUACCAGUGCAGCAUCUGCAACAAGCGCUUCACCCAGAAGAGCUCUCUCAAUGUCCACAUGCGGCUGCACCGUGGAGAGAAGUCCUAUGAGUGCUACAUCUGCAAGAAGAAGUUCUCACACAAGACCCUGCUGGAGAGGCACAUGGCCCUGCACAGCACAGGCAGCGCCAUCACAGGCCUGUCGGGGAGUGCAGUUACCCCCGGCCCGGUCUCCAUCCCCAUCCCGAUGGCUGUCCCCGAGCCUGGUGCUGGAGUGGUGGCCCUCGCCAUGCCAGUGAGUGGAGGUGCUGGAGUAGGGGCUGGGGUUGGAACAGGAGUGGGUGUAGCCGCAGAAGCGAGCUGCCAAGAAGGGACCACCUACGUGUGCUCCGUCUGCCCUGCCAAGUUCGACCAAAUGGAGCACUUCAAUGACCACAUGCGAAUGCAUGUCUCCGAUGGAUAAGUACUAAUAGAUAAACUUCUUUCAAAAAGAAUGACAAAUAAAAUGGCACUAGAUUUUCCUUUUCUUGUUUUGAGGUAUGAAGAGUAAUGAGUAUAGACACUGGCACAUUAAGUUUCCCAAAAAAAAAAGAUUUUUUUUGUUUUUCUGUUAUUCUAAAAGAAAAAAAAGAUGGUGGCCUUAAGGCUUAGUAGUUUGAUAUUGAUCUACUGGAUGGAUCCUAACUACAGGCCUCUAAAUGUAUGCUUUCCUAAAAUACUGAUUUAUGUGUUGAACACUACCGAAAGGCCUACGAAAGAAACACAUACACACAAACACACCUUUAGUGUAGAUACGUCUGGAUGAAUAUACACGUGCAUAUAUGUUCGAGCGUUAGUGUAUUUGCAUGUGUCUGUCUGUUUGUCUGCGUGUGUGCGUGCUUGCGUGUGUGUGUGUGUGUGUGUGUGUGUGUGUGUGUACAAUGCCAUGAACCAUAGAUCAUGGCAGUUGUGAACCCAUACUGACCAGUUUGGAAACUAUAGAUGUCCAAGCUUACUGUGGUAUAAUUUACAACAACAAUAACAAAAAAAUCAUCUGGGGUUGGGCUACAGAUUCCCUCUAAAAAAUACUGAUGGUCACAAGAUUGCCUUCUUCUGUAAAAUAAAAAAAGGAGAGUAGUUAAUUUGACAGUGGGUUUUAUUUAUUCCUAUGGUAUUAAGGGAUUAUAAUGCAGCUGUUGUCAAGGUACCAAUUUCAACCAUUUUAUUGAAAUGUAACUUCCUGUCAGUGGUGACGGGGCAAAUAUUUCUCAUUAUUAUGUUUUGUAAUUGUUGUCCAUGCAUUCUGAUGGUUACGUUUUUACUAAAUUAAGGGGUGUGUUGACGAGACAGUAUUUGAGCAAAAAUAUGUUUCUUUUUUUCUGAAGUUUGGAGUUUAACUCAUUUGCAUACACUGCCACUAAUAUCUUUAAAGACUGUUAAGGCUAGUAGACCUCUUCCAUUUCAGAACACAAGAAAAAAAGAAAGAUUCUUUUGCUGAUGGUUUGUUUUUAGCCUUUGACAUUCACAGUUCUGGCAGGCUGGCAUAUGCGACUAAACUCUCUCCUUCAUAAUUGCUGCUCCUCAACUUGCACCUGACUGUUAUGGGAUGUAGAUUAAAAACAAGGAUUUGUCACUUUAACAAUUGUUUUUAUUGAGCAGUCUACAUGGUUUUAAUUUGAUGAUCCAAUUUUAAUAUUUGGGGUGGGGGUGAGGGUCUAGGCUAGUUGUUGAUUGGAACAGUGUUAAAGAGGGAGGGAUUUAAUUUGAUCAAAUGGGAAAUAAAUGCCAUCCUCAUCCUAGAACCCUUGUAUAACCACUUCAAACUAUUGCAAAGCUAUUUCAGCAAGUGAGAGCUAAAUGCAUUACUCUGUAUGUUUUGGCUCUCCCUGAAGGUUCAAAUGGCAUGCAAACAUUUUGGAAGAAAAAUACAGUGUCAAAGCAAAACAAGUAGCUCCAUUGAAAUCACUCUGUUUGGUGAUAUACCACAAGUUGCAGAUGGACGUUCUAGACAAUAGUAUACAUUCCUGAUUUUUCUAAAAAAAAACAAAAAAAAAACCUAGACACAGCAUGUACAGAAUCGAUUUGGAAGCUAGUGUGCGCAAGUUGUCAUCCAUGCAUCACAUCACUUAAGGCUCAUUUCUGAUAUUUGAAUUGUUUUGUAAUUGCUUUUUACUCGAAAAUAGGACACACACACACACACACACACACACACACACACACACACACACACACACACACACACAUGCAACUGCCUGCAACUGCAAUCCGAAGGAUUUGCUCAUUUGUGUGAGCAAACACUUUUCGUAGUUGUAUUGUUAAAAGAAUAACUGCGUGCAGCGGUCUUACAUGGACCCCGCUGUAGAUUCAAAAAAAAAAAAACAAAGUGCUACUUUGCACAUUUUCUUAAAAAUGCCUGUGCUUAAUAUUUAAUCAUUUUCCUUAAAUGAACUUCUAUGAUUUCUCUUUUAUUCAAUUUCAAAGGAAAAAAAAACAUUUUUUUAAAUCUUGAUAAGUGGACUGCAUUAUUUUCUUGCAUAUAUGUUGCACUGCUUAAACCAAUAAGUGCACUACUGUUAACAGAGAUAUUAUAGUUUUAGAAAAGAGGAUUUUUUUUUUUAAAUCUAACAUUUGGUUGUAGAGUUCACAUGUAAUAGAAUAGCUUUGUUUCAAUUUAUUCAUUAGGUAAUUCAGCGGUUCUUGGCUUUUGUUAUUGCUUGCAGUUACCUACAGUAUAUACUCGUGCCGUGUUAAUGCAAGCAUUUAUUUUUAUUUAAAUAUGUACCAUUACGUGUGCUCAUCUACGUUUUUAACCUUUGAAUUCAUUCUUUUAAGGAGUCAGCUCCCUAUAACAGUUAUUCAAACACAUUUCUUUAUAAACAGACAGAAUUUUUCCUGCAAGAACAUCCAAGCCAAACAACAUUAACAGUGAAACAACAUUGAAACAGUAAUAAUAAACGCAACUCCCGUCCAAUUUCGUUGGCGGAGCUAAUAAUAAUAACUAUUAUUAUAUUAUGAAUAAUAAUAAUAAUACAUUUAUAAUGUGUGUGUGUGUAACAUAAAUGAUAUGUGUGUCCUAGAACAACUUUCUGUGGGUUUAAAGGUGUUGGGAGGUGAUGGAAUGCAGCUUCUUUGAUAUCUGUCUGUCAGUUGUACACAGUUGUGUCCCUUCCUUAGUGUUCGUAUGUCUGUGAGUGUCUGUGUGUGGUUAUAGCCUAAUCAAACUGUUGAUAAGUGGAAUAUCUGAACUGUAGGGCUUCCUUAGCAAUAUGCAACGCAGGUACUAUGAGAAGCAGCUCUCCAAACCUUUUGGGCUGAUGUGGCACCUGUAAUGAUAACUUGUUCUGAGAUUUGAUUAAAGCCAGGGGGUCAAGUGCUGUUGACCACGCCGCACCCGUUUGGAGGAGUUGUGUCCAGCAUUUUGAUGCUAAACUUUGUAUAAUUGCUACUAGAUUUCCUGCGGGGUCAAGUGAGGAACACGUGAGGCCUGGAGAGAUUCAGUAUCCUGGUUUCUCUUCGGCUAAAAAAAGAAAACACUGACCCGCACGUGACAAAUACAGAGGAAAGAAAAAAAAUCGCGAGGCUAGUCCGCAGUAAAAGUAGCACAUUAUUUAACAUUUGAUUGGGCCCGUCUCCUAUGGUGUGCAUAUAAGCCUAAAUUGUAUGGUUCCUGUUUGUAGCUGUUGUUGCCAGGAUGGCAAUAUUGCCGCAUGCUAGUGCUAUAUUUGUCUCUACACAGCACGUGGAGGGUAAUCUCAUGCCUUAACAGACAAUGCACUAAAUAGAAUAUGUAAGCAACUGCCGAGAUCUCUUUUCCAACAGUACUGCCACAUGUAUGGCACACAGCUCAUGACGUCGGUGUUUGUUGUCUGUUCAGUACCAAGUUAAAACACUGCCAAAACGAACAUCAUCACUUCUUUCGAAAAAGCAAAGGCAGAGACAUGAAUUGAAUUGUUUCAGUGUAAUGUAUGUAUUCAGUGAUCUAGCAUUCCUUCAUGGCACCUAAAUUUUACAUAUUUUGUGUAAACACAUAUAUCAAAUGCACUAUUGACUGUAGCUAGAUGAGUACAACCAGCUUUGUGGUAUCAUUGGUCUAAAUAGUAGGUUAAGUAGCUCGAUGUUGGUUUUUUGAAAUAUUUGAUUUCACAAUUACACUAUCAAUCGUUUCUCUAUCUUUUUUUGUUUUUGGAAUAACAAAAGGUAGCCAAUCUCAACGUGAUCCGGAUGAGGGCUAAUAACUCGUCCCAUUGUCAGUUGACUUCUUGUAUCAUAAGGUGUUUGAUAGCAGACCGGGCUCGGAAAGGGGAAGAACUUUCUCUCCAGUGUGUCAUACCGUGCUAUAGCAUAUAACCCAGGCUUCCUCCCCCUGUUGCAUUAGCAUCACACGCCCUCUUCACUGUCCAUAGUUAUAUAUUCCUUAUACUGCUUCUGCUACUCGUGGUGGUGCUUGAUUCUCUUUUCUCAGUCGGUUGAAAAAUUGUUGAAAAGUCGCAACAUUAUCCAGAAAAUGAGUCCUUAUCUCAAUCGUGCUUCUUCUUCUAGUUGUUAGUUUUGAAAAAAAAAAAAAAAUACAAGUCUAGGCUUUAUGUUUGCAAAAGUGUUUGCAUAUUUUCCAGAACAAAACAUAUUGAAAGUAGAUAAUAGCCUUGAGCCUGCAGCUGUUUGUAUUGUGUUUUCAAAUAUAUUACUGUUCAUGUUUUGUUUAUCUUAGCGUAGAGACACAGGGUCUACAGUACAUUGUUGUCCUUCUUGCAGUAUGUUUAAUUCAUCGUUAUACUUCUUUAUUUCAGGCUUCCUCCUGCUUUUUUGUUUUUUAACGGUGAUCAUAGUGGUGUUGUUUAUACAUACAUAGCUUCACGCGGCUGGAUAAAAGGAUAGUCAGUUAUUGAGUCAUAUUUCACAGUUGUAAUAUACUAUACGCUUAUACGCUUUGCAUUGAGAUGAAAACAAGGAAGAUAGUAAUGGUGAGGGGUCGUGUUGAGUAACGGAACAGGUUUCAUUUUAUUCUAAUAAGCAUGUGUCUGUCUUCCCGUUCGUCUCUUUCAGUCUGUCUCCACACGUUUUAAGUCAGAUUUGUUUUUAUUUAAUCGAAAAAGUCACAAAGUUAGAAUACGGAAAACACAUGGAACCGUUCAGAGGAUAAACUGCAUUUUUUUGGGCCUUUCUUCAGUACACAUAAGAGUGAAAUAAAUAACUUCUUACAGAUAGACUAUAUAUAUUUAAGUAUCACCAUCUCCACACAGAUGAAGAAUACAUUUUCAGAUAGUUUGAUAAAGCAGCUAGAGUAUACAGUACCUUGUGGGAUAUUGGGAAUAUGCCUAUCAAGUGCCUAUCAGUACAUACAGCAACUAUACAGAAUAUUCAUAGUUUUUCUCUCCUACAUUGCACAGAUACAGUAUAUACACAAUGGUCUAUUAAAAAAUAUACUAUUUAUACUAUUACUGCUAAGACCUGGUGGUUGUGAGUGCAUCCUAAGAGAACCCUUUAAGAAGAAAAACCUGAAAUGUUCUAUACAUAUACAGUAAAAGGCUACAUCCGCAAGUUUUAUUUUUUAUCUUACAUUUAUACAUCUCGGAGGACUCAAAGAUAUUAAAAUGCAAUCACAUGUUUUAUCCUUCAAAAGAAAUAUACAAAAUAGGUUUGCGUGGGAAAAAAAUACAUAUUUAAAAAAAAUCGAAUGACCGGUUCCUCUUUUUUCCUUUCAUGUUGCUCUCUUUCUCUCUCUCCCUCUCUGUCGGUGUUUUUUUUUUUUUUUUUCUGCCGUUUGCAAACAAGCCAUAUACUGUACUGUAUGUUUGUGGGGGGAAGAGGGCAGUGGCACUCUGUGAACAGCAGAGGGAGCUACACAUCAACAGGAAGAGGUGAAAGUUAACAUGCCACUGUCUGCCACAGUGAACGAAAAUCCACGUCAAAACUGGAUUUUGUUUUUUGAAAGAAUUGUUGGUGAACAUAACCAUUCUUCACAGUUUAAUGGCAUCUAUGAGCAUGGCAGUGGUUACCUCCAGUCACACACUGCUUGCAAGGCAGCUGCUCUGAUAGCUUUUGCCCUUUGACCUCGAUGACGGGCCCUUCCACAUGCAAGCCGGUGCCCAAUUUCCCCACAACGACCAUUAAAGUUUUAUCGUAUCUGUUUUUCUGUACAGCUUGAAAUUGUAAAGGGCAAGCAAUGAGCGACGUGAAAGGGAAGAGAGAGACGGUCAUUAAACGUUAGACUCACAGUAGAUAUUUAUAACGGCUACUUUGGAGGCAAAAUGAGAUUACGAAUUGAACGUUUUUUUUGGCAACACACACCCUCACACACACAAGCACACAGCAUUCGAAUGUCUUGGAAGUGGUCGGUUUAGCAACAUGGAAAAUGAAAUGAAAAAUAUAGUAGAGUGAAGUUUCAGGAUUGAGUGGCUGCGAGAUAAAAGGGUUUUUUGGGGGGGGGAUGGCUUAUUAUUCCGUCCCCUGUGGACUAAUUACCACAGUUUUCUCUCUAACCUUCUCCAGCCUAGUUACUGUGCCAAAUUUAGGGGGGAAAAAAAAGACACUUUUUUAAAAUUAUGCCACUAUUGUUAAAUUAGAUGUGGCGACCGGGCGGUGAAAUGAAAAAGGAAUCUUUUUUAAGUGACAACAUAAACUUAUUUUAACGGCAAAUGCGCGCGUCAUACCAAAAGCGAGUGAUUGCCUUCAUUUUGAGUCUUUAAAUCCUCCAUGAUACAUAGUUUCCGAGAAAAAAAUAGGAGAAAACAGCUAUGAUUAACAAAAAGCACAUGUUGAAGGCUUAGUUUCACACACAUUUAAUGUCAAAACAAAGCAUUGGUAAUAAUAACAAUAAUAUAGGCAAUGUGAUACAGCUAGUCCCUGUCAUCCAACACAGGCAGCAUCGGUUCACAUUUUUACACUCGGACUUUCAGAUUUUGAUAUUUGAGCUUCACACACUGACACACACACACACACACACUCACAGUGAAGCUGCUGUACAACACAGCUAAACUAAGCUAUAGAAACAUCUAGAUUCUAUCAUCACUUUCUCCGAACAUGCAGUUAUUACACUACCCAGAUGAGGUUUUUUCAAUAAAACAUCAUCGUCAGGUAUCUACCAUCAUCAGAUCAGUCCAAAUGAAGCAUGCAGUCCUGUCUACACAGCUUUUUUCCUGUGGUGGUGAGGGGGGGUUGUUGUUUUUGUUGGAGCACAAACUAUAUUUUGAGUCUCCCUCGAUAACAGGCUUUCUGUAUCCUUUUUUUUUCUUUUUUUUUUAAUCGCAGUGGUGAGGAGACUUGGGUGUGAUUUAGCCUCUGAAGACUAAACUCUUUGUGUUCGCGUUCAUCGUUUUUUUGGCUAAGUCCAGCUUGAUGAGACGAUUAGUUUAAAAGGAAAAAAAAAAAAAAGGUGUGCGGCAGCAGCAACAUGCAUUCCUGUUCAAGUCCAGAGCAUUCCAACUUCUAGUCUGGCAUUUGUUUUCCACACUUAACUAACCUAACAUUUUGGAGGAUUUCCAGCGCUUGAUUGUUUUACAGAUCUGUUGGACAUUUGAUUAUGUAGUAGCAAACAUUGCCCGUGACAUCAAAGUUUAGUAUAUUUCCUAACAAAUAGAUUCCUUUUUUUAAAAAGAAAUCUCAUCUCGCCACGAGAUCACAAACCUCACAAAGCCUUGAGCUUGUGCGGACCGGUUCUAUAGACAACAUGCACUAUACCAUCACUCUGUUUCUCUAUACGUAGGUCACCUUUUGAUAGUGCAGACAUGUCAAAAUAAAUCAUGAAAGAGAAAGCUCUUCUUCACCACGAUGUUGGUCACUGUCUCAGCCAGCACGUAGUCUGCCUGCCACCAGGGACACGCAGCAGACUUAGAUUAAAAACAUUUUAGCACUGUAAUGUUCCUACAGGGGCCGGUGGUGGUAAUUAGUCAAACGGGGCCAUGCUAAUCAUUAGGAGUCAAAUAGGGGGGGAAAGAAAUCUGUACUAGACAAUGUUUGUUUUCACAAACCAAAGAAAGGGUUAAGAUAAUUUAAGUUUUAUGGAGAAAAUGAUUUUGUAUGUGUGUGGGGUUCUUACGAUUGGGCUCGAUUGCUACAAGUUGUGUUUUGUUUGUUUUUUGUUGUUUUUCUUCUCAUUGCAGGGUGCUUGUGAAAAAUGCAUCUAUGUUUUUUUUUGUUUUUUUUUUGUCACUUGAUCGGUUGUUUAUAGUUUUUUUGUGGUUACUGGGUUAAUUUGCCUAUUGUAGACCAAAAUAGAUUUUUUUUCCUUUUAUAAGAAAUGCAACAAAACAUAAAAAUGAAUCUGACACAGUAGCUGUGAUGUAAACUAUCGCAUGUUAAAAGGUUGUAAAUGUUGCAUUGUUCCUCUGGCGAAAACAUAACAGUCAGUAAUCAUUGGUUAUGUCUUCUAACACACACAUUUAGCACAUCAGUGUAGACCUGUUCACCCACACACUCGGAUUAAAUAGUUUUGUUCUAGCAGUUUUACUCAAAUAUUGGCACCGUCUAAUAUUUUAAAGGCUGUCCCUGAAAUACUAAUCUGACAUUAUUGUGACUUAGAGUACAUUUAGCCAUUUAUACUUGAGAUGGACCAAGAUGUUAAGUUUGCACAUAUUUGUAGGUUGUUUUAUGAAGCCAAAAAAAAAAGAAAACGAAAGAGAAUAACGAUACACUCUCUAAGCAAAUGUCACAGUCGUUCAUGUUCACUGAACAAAAUACAAAAAAAGAAAAAAAAAAGAAAGCAUCAGAGCCAGCCAUCACUACAUGAUAAAAAUUAAUCCAAAACCAAACCCGUAACAUGAAUUUAGAUAUCACAAUGUGGUCCAAAUAUUUAUGAAAGUGAUUAUAUAUUUUUGUAAUGACGACACACAUCAUCUGCGAGCGGAAUGUAAACCAUUUGGCUAAAAAUCUGACAAUAUUUUAUUACUGUAAGGUCUCGGUGAAUCUGCUGUAUAUUUUUCAUCCUGUGUGUUUCAAAAUAGGAAAUUUGAAUUACUGUAAUUCGGGCGACGUUUUGUACCUUGGGUGAGGACAGAAUUUCUCAAAAAUCACAAAUAAGAAAUAACACAUGUCCUAAUCAAAGCAGCUUAGGUUGUUUCUUUUGUUUUUUCAUCUGGCUUUUCAGGCUUUUUUGCUGCCAUAUCUUUGUAUGUAGAUGCUUCUGUAAACAUGCACUUGAGUUGAACUAUGAGAUGUGCUUAUAAAUAUGUGUAUAUUUUGUCAGGCUCUUUUUCUGGCCUACGUUAGCUCGAUAUUUUAUUAUUUUUUUCUUCCCUAAGAAAUACUUCUCCUAUAUAGCUAUGAACUUGGCAGAAGUGGAGCUGUUGUAGUAAAGGUAGUUAACAUCACAACUAAGCAAACCCUGAAAUAUAUGCUGCAGUAAUGUGUUUUCAGUUUGUUUUUUUGAUAAUUUAUGCUCCAAGUUGGUUUGUAUUUUAUUAUUAUUAUUGUUAUGAAACAAGCUUGUUUGAAAUGUGUUGACUGCUGUUUUGAAAUAGGGGAUAAAGAUUCUUUCUUUCUUUUUUUUUCUUAAAUGUAUGUGCAAGGACGUUUUUUCUUUUCUUUUUUUGAUAAUAUGAUUUGUCAAACACUGGACUGGAGUGAGUUUUCCAACAUUUCCAAGUUGAGAGAUGUAUUUGACAGACAUAAACUGCACAGACAACACCCGUUAGCACAGAUGUGAGCUGACAGACAAAAAAAAAAAAAAAAAAGCACAUCCUCCCAGCUGUACAAGGGGGAGGGUGACUAACAUGGCCGCCAUCCUCCCGCUCAAAAUAGGAGUCAUUUUAGAUGUAAGAAGUUCAGACAUUUCCUUUGUGCUGGUUAAUUGCAUUCAUUGGGGUGAUGGGUUAUGUAUAAUAGGAAAUAUUUAGUAGGGUCUUUUUUUUUCUUCUUUUCCUUCCAAAUUCUCGCAUGGCAUCGACUGGUGACGGAUGAGGUUUUUUUUUUUUUUUUUUUUUUUUUUUAAACUUCCUUUUCUGAAAAAGAGAAAAAAAAUCUCAUGAAUAUUUCAGAAAAAAAAAAUAGAGAAUCGUAAAGGGAUACCACUCGACAGCUAUCCAGUCAUGAAAAAAAUCACCUGGUGUGUUCUUGCUAUGGUAGAGCAGAUAUGACAGUUGAGUCUCAUUACACCAACCACCACUUCUCAAACCAGAAAAGAGAUUUGCACUAGACUUAUUUUGGUCUUCUUCUAUCUAAAGCAAUAUAAUUCACUAAACACAUUUUCAAACCAUAGUAUGUGACAGUUGUCGUAAAAUGGUGAUAUUUGACAUGUUUUUGAUUUGUUUUUCUUUUUGUAUUCAAAGGUACAGAAUUGGUCACCUUUUUUAAAUGAUAUCCACAUGUUGUUGUUUGUAGCAGGGUCUCUUUCUUUUCUUCUUCUUCUUUUUUAUCCAGCAGUACCCAUGAGUAUUAGUGUCCAGAUUUUGAGGGGCAUUAAAAACUGUUGUUUCCUCUUGUGAUUGUUUUGGACAAAUCAAGCAGCUCUUGCAGAUCUGAAGUGAGAGACGGGAUGUAUGAGGGAUGGAAUCAUUUCCCGCGAGUCUUCAUCACGCAGCCGGCAACGUUAUUUAAAGAGAAACACAAAUACCAAAAGAUAAAACCCCAGCUUUGUCCACUGUCGUGCACACCUUUUCUCCUUAAAAAAGAAAUCUUCUCUGCAUAUUUGGUCACUUUGAGUGCUUUUUUCCCCCGCUGGGACGUUACUAAGAUUAAAAAGAAAAUGAAUAAAAAAAAUAAAUAAGAUGCUUUAAAGUGAAACAAUAACGCUUGUUAGAGGAAGAAAAAUAAAUCCGCACCUUUUUUCGUCGUACGAACACAGCAUUAUUGGCCACGUAUGUAGAGAAUCCACCAAAAUGUACCAUACCGUCAUCCUUUUUCCGCGAGGUCGCUCACGACAGCAGUAAUUACCGACCUUAACGUCGUUAUUUUGUUGAUGGAUAAAUGUAAAUUUUCUCUCAAUAAUUCACAAAUGGCAAAACUUCUUCACCAUUUUAUCUGGAUGUAGUAGCUUUUCCUGUUUUUCACCGCUUUGUGGUGUUGUUGAAAGAUGUUGCGGUUUGUCUAAAUAUGUUGCGUGUUAGAGGAAGCAUAAGUAUGUGCCUUCUUGUAAUCUCCUUGGUGAGCUUGUUAUUAUUGAGAAGCUGAAGCCAGCCAAUUGUGUUUGCACUAAAACCAAAUUGCUUUUGUGAUGUAGACUAUUUAAGCAAGCUUGUUGCGUCACUUUAACCGUACAGUAUGCAUGAGGGUGAAAUUGGUAAGUCUAGGGCUAGAGCUCUCAUCUGUUGACCUGUAAACCAGUGCAGCUUAGAGGAUCUUGUGAAUAUAUCUUGGCUUAGUUUCACAUUCAGUUUUUCAAAUUCCAUCUCCUUUUACUCAUCAAAGUUUGUCACAGUUUCAACGGUUCAAAACAACAACAACAACGAAAAAAAUCUAAGAAAAAAACGAGAAAAAAAAAGCAAAUAACACAUACCAUGAAUACAAUACAGCUUUUACUUUCACAUGCCACAGUUAGAGAGUUACACAACUGCAGUAGGGAUAUUCAUUUUUCUCUGAAUCAUGGGAAUGCAUGAGUAUACGAGGUCGCCUCAAGACUAUUGGUCAAAUUAAUUUAGGUUGUUUUUUUUUUUUUUCCUUUGUUUUUUUUUUUGUUUUUGAAAACUUGUAUUUAUUACAUAUUUUGUUGACAUCUAAGAAAAAGGCCUACAUGCUUUGAGUCUUACAAAUGCACCUUAUUCAUGUCAGUCCAUGUGGGGAAAAAAAAAGAAAAAAAGAAAAAAAAGAGGCUGGCAAAUGUAAUAUCUCUGAUUUAGCACCUUACUACACAGCAUGUUUUCACUUUAUGCCAGUUUAGCUAUUCUUCCAUAUGUAUGAGUUCAAAAAUAAAUAUUAAAAAAAAAAAAUCUCAUUAAUUUGUGAAAUUUGUUUCAUGGGAUGUGCCAAAGUUUGGAGGCGAUCUCCCAAGUGUUUAUGCUUAUCAUUUUCUUUUUUUUUUCUUUUUUCUCCUCCUCCUUCAGUUAUAGCAAUGGUAUGUCAAAAACUUUCCUAUAACAGUGUGUGGAAUCAAUUUAUCUCAGCAAACAGUAUCAUUACUUGCCAUUUUACAAUAAGCCCUGUAUUUCACAUAUAUUUACCAGUGAUGUGUAUUUGUUAUUAUAAAGAAAAUAGCCGUAAAAGCUUCAUUAUGUUACAUAAUAUUGUGACUUUUUUCGAAAAACUGUGAAGACUUAUCUUGCAUAUACUUUAUACAGAAGUAUUAAGCCUUAAUACAAAAGACUAAAAAAAGUGUGGAAGAAUAAACUGAUUGUUGCUAAGUAAGGAUGAUUUUUGUAAAUGUUACCAGCACUUUUUUUGUAAUUUUCACUCUCUGAGGUAUUGUACAAGUUCAAGCUGUUUGUGAAGUUUGAUUAUGAAGGAAUAAAAACUAGUACUUUCCUGUA